AUUGUUAACCAAAAUUACAUCGAAAUGCGAUUUAGCUAAAUUAGCAGAUUAGCUGUAAACUUCGCCCGGACGAUUUAUUCAACGCAACAGUUUCCGGUUUGAGGUAAACAGAAGUUUGUCCACAGACGGUUAAGGUUUGACAUUGACCGCCUCUAUUUAGCUAGCGUUAAAUAUGGUUUCACUGUCUUUAAACUCGUUAAAACAAAUAAUGAGGGCGAUGGUAGAUCAUUCCGGCUUCGACAAGGUCCUGAGCAAGGUGGACGUCUUGUCUGCCAGUCCAGGUAAGGUGGUGUGUGAGAUGCGGGUGGACGAGGAGCACACAAACCGCGGAGGGACGCUCCACGGCGGGUUGACAGCCACCCUGGUCGAUGUCAUAUCCACCAUGGCGAUCAUGUACACUGAGAGGGGAGCACCGGGAGUCAGUGUGGAUAUGAACAUAACAUACAUGAAUGCUGCGAAGAUAGGAGAGGACGUACUCAUCACUGCUCAGGUUCUGAAGCAUGGACGGACACUGGCGUUUGCCACUGUAGACCUCACCAACAAGGCCACAGGGAAGCUCAUAGCACAAGGGAGACACACAAAACACCUCGGCAGCAGCUAGACUGUCCCCCCUCUGUGCCUGUCAGUAAAUUACAUAUCAUGUGAACUGUCAAAACAAGGGACUAAGGGAAAUAGUUCUUAAAACCACUAACUCUGUACCAAGGAGAUGACAGCAGUGGUGAGUGCAACAAAUCCAUGUUGGCUGGUUACUAAAUGAAGGUUGCUGCCUCUGUUGCAGAGGUAAUACAUACUAAUGCUGUAUGGUCAGAGUCAAUUCUGACCUAACUACUGUAUCAAUGUUACCAUUUCAUGCACAUGCAAUAAAACAAAUAGACAAGA